GGGUUAAAUUCCAAUAUCCAUUUAGUUCUUAUUUUCUUGUUUUGGCAAGUAAAAGGGAUUGGUUCCUAUGGUUGUGGAUUAUAUUGUCGGCUUGUUGCGCCAUCUUAAGACACUUUUUGGGUCCUAAGGGAAUGGGUUCCAUACGAGGGAGGCAUGUCCCAAGUUAGAGAUUCUGCAAUAAAGCUUUUUGGAGCAGAUAUUCAUACUACACAUUCUCCCAUUAAGCCAACCACACCCUUCUCAGAUUUACACUCAUUGACUCAGAUUCAGCCUCUGCCUCAACCCAUCAUCGUCAUGAAUGGACUUGAAGAAUCAACUAAUGAUGAAGUGGAUGUUCCUUUGAAUGAAGAAGUUUCUAGCAAACAGAAACUGGUGGGCAAAGUAGUUCAUAGGACUAAUGAGCACAAAAAUGGUAAAAGAAAUAUUGAUCAAGAAAAAGUUUUCAAGAAGCCAGACAAGGUCCUGCAAUGUCCUCGCUGCAAUAGUUUGGAAACAAAGUUUUGCUACUUCAACAAUUACAAUGUUAACCAACCUAGACAUUUCUGUAAAAAUUGCCAAAGGUAUUGGACAGCUGGAGGGGCCAUUAGAAAUGUUCCUGUUGGGGCUGGUAAGCGUAAGAAUAAGCACACACCUCUGCAGUAUUAUCAGAAACCUGUGACUCCUGAUGGUGCAUCUACGAUGCAAACACAUUCCAGUGCUUCUAGUGAUGAUAUGAUUCUCUCAUCUAAUGAACUUUCUGUAACUUCAAGAUCUAUCAGAGAAAGGGAGGAAAAUCCUCUUAGUGAAUCCUUAGAAACUGUGCUGAGUCUCAAUGGCCAAAGAAAAUUUGAUGUGGACCUUUCCACUGUCAAAGAUGAUGGUGAGGACCCUUCAAGCUCCUCUAUGAGAUCUAAUGAAAUGGAGGCACAACACUUUGAUGGUUUAAUUCCCUUGCAUUCAUUUCAUUAUCAUCAUGUCCCUUCAUGGUCUUAUCAAUGGAAUCCAUGUUGGAAUGUCAAGGAGUUUAGGUCCAGUAACACUAGUUACACAGGUUCUCCAACCAUGAUACCAGUUUCUGGCUUCUCAAUACCAACAGUAAUGUCACCUGCAGCACCUUAUUCUUAUUCAGGUUUCAUCUCAAACUUAGGUGGCCAAGAGGCAGAGUCUUCAAUGAUUGGAUCUGCAUUUAGUGGUAUCUCAUUGUCUUCAUCUUCUGUCAGUAACAGUACUAGUUCUGGUAAUAGAUCUCCAACUUUGGGAAAACAUUCUAGAGACGGAAGCACACAGAAGGAAGCUGCAAUGAAACAGAACCUUUGGGUGCCUAAGACUGUUAGAAUUAACUGUCCAGAAGAGGCUGCAAACAGUUCUAUAUGGACAACUUUAGGAACAAAAUCUGAACAGAACAAAAUCAUUAUAAAAGGAAGUGUUUUUAAAUCAUUUGAGUCCAAGACAAGUGCUGAUGAUAAUCAAAUUCGAAGGACAAACCCUGCUGCUUUCUCACGCUCUGAAUCUUUUCAGGAAAGCAUGUGAAGUCAUGUAUUUUGUUCUAGUUGUAUGUGGUGAUCAGCUCAACCAUGCCAUAGAAGGUUUCUAAAAUUCCUUUUCUCUACAUGGGAUGGUUCCAUUUAUUGAUGUUCAAGAAGACAGCCAUGGCAAUAACCUUAAAGUUUAAGCUAUGUGUUCAGCAGCAGUAAUUAGUCAAUAAGAGUCUGUCUCAAGCUUGUGUCACCAUUUACUUCAUGGCAAAAUACGAGUCAUGAACAUGAAACCUGACUGAGGUAUGAUAUUUAGGCUUCAAAAUAGAUGCAAUCCAGACAUUAGUUCUGUGAAUUGAUUCACAAUCUUUUUUAUCAUUGUCUAGUCAAUGUUCGGUUAGAAAAUUUUGGUGUUAUUGAUAUCUGUGUACUGUUUUUCAGACUUUUGAGGAAUUUAUUUUACUGUUUCUUUCCUAUUUCU